UACGUUCGGAGUCGGAGCGCGUUUUCCGGGACCACCGCGACGCCUUCGAUAUGUCGGAGGCUAGGUUUGUGCGUGAAUACCGCCUCACGAAGGACGUAGCCCGUUGGCUUUGCAACGAGCUCCGCCGAAAGCUCCAACGACGUCGCGUGGGGCCUCAUGUGCUGACCGUGGAGCUGCAAGUGCUCGUCGCCCUCCGUUUUUAUGCCGCUGGCGGCUUCCAGGGAACAGUGGCAAGCGAUGAAAACAUUGCAAUUCAUCAGUGCAGUGUAAGUCGCGUGCUGGUGGACGUGACGGAGGCAAUCAUCGAUUGCCCCGGUCCAGCGUGGGUGAAGUUCCCGCAGACGGACCAAGAGAAGGCGGCAGCCAAGAGGAAGUUUUACCUUCUGUGCGGCUUCAGUGGCGUGAUCGGGUGCGUUGAUGGGACUCAGAUUGCCAUCCGGGCUCCAUCUGAGAACGAUGAACGGUUCUCUAAGGCGGCAUACUGGUGCCGCAAAAACUACUAUGCCCUCAAUGCUAUGGUGGUAAGUGUAUUUUCACAGUUCCAAGUUAUACAUAUGUGAUAGGUGGCCAGAGGAUGCUUCUGGUGUGCCCACCAUGUAUAAAGCACAGGUUGUCAAAAAGAAAUCGGAGUAACAAUGUGCGUGCCUGGCAUGUGCUCGUCAA